AAGAGCUAAACCCUAGCGAGCCAUCGCCUGAACUUAAGAGGAGGAGAAGAAAAAGCAGCGUCAAGUUUUCAAAUGGCUCAUCGACGGUGCAUCCAAUCACUUGUCCGCCACGCGACGGCUCUCAUCUCUCUAAAAAAGUCGCCGCCUAUCUCCUUCUAUGAAAUCCUAACCCCAAAGCCAAAUACGGUAAUAGCCACUACUAAUUUGGAACCCUCAUGGUUUACUCCCUGGUCCCACAUUCGUCACUUCUCGUCCAGGAAAAGCGACGACAGCAAUGAUGAAGAGGAUGUUGAAGAGAGCAGCGAUGAAGAAACGGAGAACGACGAGGUGGCGGCGGAUUUGGGUAGAUACAACUCGCCCGAGGAGAAGGAAGCUGAGGCCGCGGCUAUUGGAUACAAAGUGGUGGGUCCGCUCCAGCGGUCUGACCGGGUAUUCAAAGACUAUGAGCCAGUUUUCGCAGUGGUUCAGAUUGGAUCGCAUCAGUUUAAGGUGAGCAAUGGGGAUUCCAUUUUCACGGAGAGGUUGAAAUUCUGCGAAGUCAAUGACAAGCUGAUAUUGAACAAGGUUCUCUUUCUGGGUUCAUCUACACAAACAAUUAUUGGAAGGCCUAUACUCCCAGAUGCAGGUGUUCAUGCUGUUGUUGAGGAGCACGCAUUAGAUGCUAAGGUGAUUAUUUUUAAGAAAAAGAGAAGAAAGAAUUACCGCCGAACCAAAGGACAUCGCCAGGAAUUGACUAAGUUGAGAAUAACGGAUAUACAAGGAAUUGAAAAACUAGAAAUCAUAACUGAUGGGAAGCCAUUAAAAGCAGCUGUUAAGAAGACAGAGAAGGUUGUUACUACUGCUUAAAGAUAGAUAUUUUCCCCAUGGCUUUAUUUUGCAAAAUAAUGGGUGCUCAUGUUUUGAUUCUCGAGAUAAUGCCAUCUUUAUACAACAGGUGAAUGUCUUCUUAGUUUGAUCGAUGUACAUUUUUGGAUGUACUGUGAAGCAUUGGAUUUGUUCGCCUUUGCUUUUAAGCACCAAGUGAGAACAGUAAUACAUGUCCCAUGCCAAAUUUUUGUGCUA